AUGAAUUCUCGACAAUCUAUCAAAGAACUAGAACGAUGUAAUAAUGAAAUAACUGCCAAGUUUGAAGAAGUCAAGCAGGAAUCCAUGAAUUUUAACGAAAGUCUUGUACGUAGAAUUCAACAAUUAGAAAAUGAAUUGUCACAAGUGAAGCAUAUAAAUCAAGAAUUAUGGAAAGAAAAUGGAAGGUUGAAUUCUAAAAUGCAGCGAAAUGACUCUGGUUCAGAAAAAAAACAUACAGAACAAGUUACGAAUGAUGAGAGUACCUUCCCGCAAGAUGAUAGCGUUAAAAUGGAAAAUCUUGACCUUUCUGCCGAGUUUGAUCGUGCAUUUUUAUUAAACACAUUUCCCUAUAACGAACGUGUUCAUAAAGAGAGUGAUCAUGCUAUGAUUGAAAAAUUGCAAGAUACAAUUAAGUCACUUAAUGACGCCAAUAAGGGUUUGAGACUUUAUAUCGAAAAGAUUCUUGAUCGUAUUAUGGAAGCUCAAGGUUUUGAAGAGGUUUUAUCUUCGACACCAGAAUGGAAAAAUCCAUCAGUACCCAAUUCGGCAAAAACUACUACUACAAGAUCACAAAGUCUCAAUCAUAAUCCAAGACAAAAAACCAAAACUAAGAAAAUGGAAAGACGUAAAUCUUGGUCUGGAAGUCACGACAGCAGCAUUUCUCAAGCUCAAAAUAGUGGUAGAAUAUUAAACGACAAAAUAAUAGUUGAAGAGCCGCUUCAGAUCUAUCCCUUACCAAGUGACCGAAAGUCAAAAGGAGAAACAAUUACUUUUGGUGAAGCAUCAAAACGCAUACAAAGAAAAGAUUCUACUAAAAAUACAAGGCGUUUUAGCAUCUUUAAUUGGGUUGGAGGUGCAACCAAAGAAGAAAGGAAGGAAGAUCCAUUUAUGAGACCUAUGAUUCUCGUACAAGAAAAUGAAAGGAAAGGAUAA